GCAGGCGGGCGGCGCGGCGCGGAGCGGAGCAGCGCGGGCGGGUGCGGGCGCUGCGGAAAAGAAUAAUGCUGUCAGCAUGUCUGCACACUCCAUGCUUUGUGAGCGAAUAGCCAUAGCCAAGGAACUCAUCAAAAGAGCAGAAUCGCUUUCUCGAUCAAGAAAAGGUGGCAUAGAAGGUGGUGCCAAGCUGUGCAGCAAACUGAAGGCAGAAUUAAAGUUCCUGCAGAAAGUAGAAGCUGGGAAAGUAGCUAUUAAGGAGUCCCAUUUACAGAGCACAAAUCUGACGCACCUAAGAGCCAUUGUGGAAUCAGCAGAAAACCUGGAAGAAGUUGUUAGUGUUCUUCAUGUCUUCGGUUACGUAGAUUCCCUGGGAGAGAAGCAGACGCUGGUGGUGGAUGUGGUGGCAAAUGGUGGUCAUACGUGGGUGAAAGCCAUUGGCCGAAAGGCUGAAGCUCUGCAUAACAUUUGGCUUGGCAGGGGCCAGUAUGGUGACAAAAGCAUCAUUGAGCAGGCCGAAGACUUCCUUCAGGCCAGCCACCAGCAGCCCGUGCAGUAUAGCAACCCUCACAUCAUCUUCGCCUUUUAUAACAGUGUCUCCAGCCCCAUGGCCGAGAAGCUGAGGGAAAUGGGUAUCUCUGUGAGAGGAGACAUAGUAGCAGUGAACUCUCUGUUAGAUCACCCUGAAGAGUUCCAGCCAAGUGAAAGUGAAUCUGAUGAUGAGGGCCCUGAACUUUUGCAGGUGACCAGAGUAGACCGAGACAAUAUAUUAGCAAGUGUUGCAUUUCCAACAGAGAUUAAGGUUGAUGUGUGCAAAAGAGUAAACCUGGACAUUACUACUUUAAUCACAUAUGUAUCUGCCCUCAGUUAUGGAGGCUGCCAUUUUAUCUUCAAGGAAAAAGUGCUUACGGAACAAGCAGAGCAAGAGAGGAAAGAGCAGGUUCUACCACAACUAGAGGCGUUUAUGAAGGACAAGGAGUUGUUUGCUUGUGAAUCUGCUGUCAAGGACUUUCAGUCUAUACUGGAUACACUAGGAGGACCUGGAGAGAGAGAAAGGGCCACUAUGCUAAUUAAGCGAAUUAACGUGGUCCCAGACCAGCCUUCUGAGCGUGCCUUGAGCCUAGUGGCUAGUUCAAAAAUCAAUAGUCGCUCGUUAACAAUUUUUGGGACAGGCGACACCCUAAAAGCCAUCACAAUGACUGCCAAUAGUGGUUUUGUCCGAGCUGCCAACAACCAGGGUGUUAAGUUUAGUGUGUUUAUCCAUCAGCCCAGAGCACUUACUGAAAGCAAAGAAGUUCUAGCCACUCCCUUACCAAAAGACUAUAGAACUGAUAAUGAAUACUAAUGGUAGCCUUUAAAUAUUGUCAUGGAAUAAGUUAUUUAUACCAAAGCCCAAGUCUUCAUGUCUUAAAUUGGAUGGGUGACAUGAAGGUCUGUAGAACCCUUAAGCCAGUGAAGUUAAGUGUCUCAUCUAUAAAGCAUAUAACCUGAAGUAUGCCAAAAACAGUAACAACAAAUCUCACAAUGGAGACGUUGCUGGUGCCUGCUCGAGCAAAUCAAUGAACAACGGGAGGACAGUCCUACAGAGAGUGCUAACCUAAAGUAGAAAAAAAAAUGCUCAAGAAAAGCUUAUUGUCUAAGCAGUUAAGCAUAAAUACAUCUAUAUAUGGCAUUUAACUGUAUCAGUAGUUUUGUGUGAUUGGGUAGGGACACCACCCUUUUUCUGGUAAUUGCAUUUCAUGACAUGGCUACACUGCAUCUUGCAUUAAAUAUCUCGAGAGAAACCUGAAGAUUGUUUUUUAUUGUAUUGGCUUAUUAACUAAUGUCGACUGAGGCUGGGAGGUCUACAGUUACAUUGACUUUGGAUUUAAAAGCAGUGGCCAGGGUGAUAGCUCAGAGGGCUGGAGUAUAUGGUUUGCAUGUGGUGGACCUGGUUUCCAUCCCUUGCACCACAUGGUCCCCCUGAGCAUUAUGUUGGGUGUGGUCCCUAAGCACCAUCAGGGAUGGCCC